GGGCCCGAGUGGUGCAGGGACUCAGGGGCUGUGGGACAGUGGCCGUUUCGCAGUUUGGGCUGGACGGAAAGGACGGUCGUGCCCUCCUGGUCGCCGCUGUUGGGAAGGGCUGAAGAGUGUCUGCGAGCCCGGCGGCCCAGGAUCUGACCCCGCCUCGCCUUUCCUGCCUAGCGCCGAUUCCGCGGAGCCGGUCGCGCGCGUUUCUUGCGCGACGGUCCCCGGCUCUGGCCGCCUGGUCCGGCCCUGGAGGCCGGAGUCCCGCGGCCUGCGCCGGGUCGGUGCAAAGCCGGCGGCGGCGGAUGGGCGGCCCGGGAUCUCAGGGCUGGCUGCUGGCGGGAUGGACACCCUGGAGGAGGCAACUUGGGCCAAUGGGAGCACAGCGCUGCCCCCACCCCUGGCACCAAACAUCAGUGUACCUCAUCGCUGCCUGCUACUGCUCUACGAAGACAUUGGCACCUCCAGGGUCCGGUACUGGGACCUCAUGCUGCUCAUCCCCAAUGUGCUCUUCCUCAUCUUCCUGCUCUGGAAGCUUCCAUCUGCUCGGGCCAAGAUCCGCAUCACCUCCAGCCCCAUUUUUAUCACCUUCUACAUCCUGGUGUUCGUGGUGGCACUGGUAGGCAUUGCCCGGGCUGUGGUGUCCAUGACGGUGAGCACGUCGGACGCUGCAACUGUUGCUGAUAAGAUCCUGUGGGAGAUCACCCGCUUCUUCCUGCUGGCCAUCGAGCUGAGUGUGAUCAUCCUGGGCCUGGCCUUCGGCCACCUGGAGAGCAAGUCCAGCAUCAAGCGGGUGCUGGCCAUCACCACAGUGUUGUCCCUGGCCUAUUCCGUCACCCAGGGGACCCUGGAGAUCCUGUACCCUGAUGCCCAUCUCUCAGCUGAGGACUUUAACAUCUAUGGCCAUGGGGGCCGCCAGUUCUGGCUGGUCAGCUCCUGCUUCUUCUUCCUGGUCUACUCUCUGGUGGUCAUCCUCCCCAAGACCCCGCUGAAGGAGCGCAUUUCCCUGCCUUGUGAGCAGCUGGCCAGCAGCUCUGGGACAGGCGGGAGCAGGAGGGGGUCUGCGGGGCCACUGUGGCUGGGAGCGGGAGAGCCCUGGGUGAGAGGGAGGCCUAGAGGGGCCCUGGAGGAUACACCAGGCUUGAAGGUGGUAGGUGCGGGAGGCAGAGCCUGGUCUGGCCAGGUUGGGAACCUCAUGAUUCACCCUGUCCGGCCCCCAGCUCGGAGGAGCUUCUACGUGUAUGCGGGCAUCCUGGCGCUGCUCAACCUGCUACAGGGGCUGGGGAGUGUGCUGCUGUGCUUGGACAUCAUCGAGGGGCUCUGCUGUGUAGACACAACAACCUUCCUGUACUUCAGCUUCUUCGCUCCGCUUAUCUAUGUGGCCUUCCUCCGGGGCUUCUUCGGCUCGGAACCCAAGAUCCUCUUCUCCUACAAAUGCCAAGUGGAUGAGACAGAGGAGCCGGAUGUACACCUACCCCAGCCCUACGCUGUGGCCCGGCGGGAGGGCCUGGAGGCUGCAGGGGCUGCUGGGGCCUCAGCUGCCAGCUACUCAAGCACACAGUUUGACUCUGCUGGCGGGGUGGCCUACCUGGACGACAUCGCUUCCAUGCCUUGCCACACUGGCAGCAUCAACAGCACGGACAGUGAGCGUUGGAAGGCCAUCAAUGCCUGAGAGUGGCUGUCGGGGCCUGCAGAGGACAGGCCAGAGAGGAGGCCAGAGGGCCUAGAGUCCCUGGGGGAGGAGGACCGGGUUGCCGGACCUUCUGUGGGUGGUAGCCCUGUGCGGCUCUGUUCCCACCAUGAGUCUGGAGGCCCCCACCUCCCUGGGGCUCCUGAUCCCCUUUGCCAUCUCCACUCUCACUGGGGACCCUCCUCCCCUUCUCACCUGCUCUCAUCCUGCUCAGCCACAUGGCCCAGGCUUUCCUUCCAGGGCCAUGCUUGGCAAGGCUGGUCAAGGGCACCCUCCUUCUCUGCACCCUUGGCACAAGGGCAGGGCUGGCUCUCCCAAUGCCUCCUUCCAAUCCCCGUGGUGCUUUGGCCUCCUCAAAGCCCACCAUGGUGGAUGGACUGAAGUGUGUAUAUUUUCUUGAUCUAUUUUUUAAUAAAAAGGAAAAGGAACAGAA